AUGACAAUGUUGUUGACUGAGUGGAAACCAAAUUUCAACUUGAAGAAGGAUAUGCUUCGAACUAUCCCGAUUUUGGUCAAAUUACCUCAAUUACCAUUAUACCUAUGGGGAGCCAAAAGCUUAAGUAAGAUUGAUAGCGCAUUGGGCACACCAUUGAUGACAAAUGAAUGCAUGAAAAACAGGUAUCGUAUCUCUUAUGCUAGAAUAUUAGUCGAUAUCAAUAUUACACAAGAGAUGCUAAAGGAAAUUACCAUCAGAGAUAUAGAAGGUGAGAAGAUGCAACAAACUGUUGAAUCCGAAUGGCGUCUAUCGUAUUGUACAAAAUGUCACAAAAUUGGCCAUCAGUGUGAAGGAAAAAUACAAAGGCAAAUUACCAAGAAAUGCAUACCUAAGGAGAAUACUACACAACAUGAGAUACAUAAAACAAUAUGCAUUCCUGAGAUCACAAUUCAGCAGGACAACAUAACAAAUCCACCAGCACACCAAUCUCCUAGAAGGAACACAAUGAUAGUGAACCAUGACUGA